AUGAAGGAAUUUCGGUACGCUGAAAGGCAUACCAUCGUAAUGGCCAAAGAAACAGAAGAUAUUCCAGAAGAACUGACCGACUGGAGUUGCCAGUCGAGUGUCAGUCUUUAUCAUUCGGCGCUUGGUAGUCUAUCGCAAAGCCGACGGACUCUGGUGUCCUUGACGUCUUCUCAGCCGCAUUUGGGCUUCAGGCUGGAAGAGCAGGAGGGCUCUGACUGCGACGCAUUUUACUCUGCUUCUGACAAUGAAGGGGAUGAGUGUUCGCCAAACGCUCCAUUUGCAUGCAAUGCCAAUGAGGAUUUGAUUGUUCCAAAUGUCUUCGGUGAGGGUAAAUCGAAAGAGCUUUUCAAGGAACGAGAUGGAGGCAGGAUUCUGAGUCACAAGCUGCACAAACAGGCAGAUCUAUUUGAGUCAGGAGCGUCACAUGCAAUGGAUGGUGAUUGUGAUGUAAGUUCCAGACAGAGUUUGCAUGAAGACUACAAUGAAGGGGCAGCGAACGAGCUGCUGCAUGCCUCAGUGUCAGACCUCUUGAGCUCGAGUUUCGAGAAGAGUGCUUUUGCCGAGCAUGAUACUCAUAAUUUAAGUAACACAACGCUGGAUGAAAACCUGUCUUGCUUGAGGAUGACUAAGUCGCUAAUCAAUCACAAGGAAUAUGUUACUGGAUCCCUUCAUAUUGAAAAUCCACGCCCAAAGGCACCUGGCAUUUCUUUCGAAUGCAUGCAGGACAAAAGUGAAGCAAAUUCCUGUCCGAAAUCUAAGACUUUUGAUCUGGAAAGCCAACAAGCAAUGGCUCGUGGUAGUCUGCCUGAAGUUUCUCCAACCGAGGUUGUCGGUACUGCGAUUCAAGUAAUCAACCAAGAAAAGCUUUCUCCAAAAACAACCAAAAAACAAAAACGCAAACAGAAAAAGAAGUCAAAUGGACAGUUCAAAGAUUCACUACCAAAACCAGACAAAGAAACGAUAACUCCAGCAACAGAGAGUCAUCAAGAGGAAAAGACGGAAGUGGGAAAGACAAAAUUGAAAAUGGAGAGAGGGGCCCAGGGCGACGAGGCGGCAAGGGAGGCCAGAGAGCGCCUAGAGCAGGGGCAGAUGCAGGAGGCAAUGGAGCGGCUUGAGGCAGCGGAGGCGGCAUAUCGCGAGGCCGGGACGCUGGGGGAGAAGGAGGGCUCGAUAGAGGAGCUACGGGGGCGGAUCGAGGAGGCAGCGAGAAGGGAGGAGAGAGGGGCCCAGGGCGACGAGGCGGCAAGGGAGGCCAGAGAGCGCCUAGAGCAGGGGCAGAUGCGGGAGGCAAUGGAGCGGCUUGAGGUUGCGGAGGCGGCAUAUCGCGAGGCCGGGACGCUGGGGGAGAAGGAGGGCUCGAUAGAGGAGCUACGGGGGCGGAUCGAGGAGGCAGCGAGAAGGGAGGAGAGAGGGGCCCAGGGCAACGAGGCGGCAAGGGAGGCUAUGCAUUUGAACGACAAGCCAAAGUUUCUUGUUGUAGAUCUUCAAGAUCAGUUUGCCAUGGAGUCUGCCACGCUCGGUCAGAGGCAAGACCCUUUAGGUGUCUUUGAGUCGGCAAUCACCCCAGUCGUCAUCAAUGAGGAUUAUUUAGACUCAGAGGACGAUGAAGAAUACGUUCCUGCGAGUGAUUUCUCCUCCUCAUUCUUGUGCAAGUCAAUGCUGGAUGAAAGUGAUUUGUAUCUGUCCUCUGCAAUUGAUCAGAAGAUCGUCCCGACUGAAGAAAGUGGGAUUGGUCACACGACGGGAAGCUUGAAUAUGAGCAAGGACUCCCCGCUCAUGCAGUGUGCAAUAGACGUUGGGGCGUUACACCAGGCUGUCGUGCAGAACAAUGGUGACCUUGUCUCAGAGCUUCUACAAAGCAAUGCAGAUGUCUCUCAUCGUGACAAGAGAUGGUUCUGUCCGCUUCACUAUGCUGCAAAGUUUGGGCGCACUGACAUCAUCAAUCAACUAGUGCGACAGGGAAAUGCUGAUGUUGAAUCUGAAACUCGUGAGGGAUUCACGGCUCUGCAUCUUGCUACAAUGUACGAUCGCGAAGAAGCCGUCACGGCCCUAGUCAAACUUCUCUCGAUUGACGCCUUGAACCUUCAGGAUCAAGAGGGUAAGUCAGCUCUUCACUACAUCAACGACUCUGAAGCUGGAAAUCGAAUCUGCUCCUUGCUGCUGCGAGUUGGGGCAGACCCGAAUCUUGCUGACUUCCAGGGGAAUCUGCCUCCGAUUCGUCAACAUCAGGCUGCCGACAAUGCCAAGGUUGGGACUCCCACCUCUCGCCCUCCUCCCGCUCAGAUGCUCAACGCACCGGUGGACGAGGACAUGGUGACUGGAAGGGGAGAAGUGUGGGUUGCUCGCCCCUUGUCGCCUUCGAUACUGCCUGUGACGGAGCCGGGAGAGGCAGCAGCGGCUGUGGGGCUCAACUCGAGUCAUUGGGGGCUGCAGACUGUCGAGAUCGACCCCAAGCAGAGCACCCAGCGCGUUGCUGAUGGUCGCGGAGAGGCAGCCGGUCGGUUUGUAAACUACGCGAGCUGGCAGGAGCGAAGUAUGGCUCGCUACGGCACGAAAAGUCGGAUGGAGGGAUCUGUCGACCUGACCAAGUCAAUGACUGAUGAUUGGAUUGUGAUUGACAGCGAUGAUGAGGAGAAAAAAGGUUCGCAAGAUGACGUCAUCGAAGCAUUCACUGGAAGAAUAGAGAGCCAAGUCUGGAAAGCUCGUGUGGACCAGGCCAAGGGAGCCAUGAUGAAAGUAGGCUCACAGCUCAAACGAGUCUUGGGGAACAUGUCGAGCUGGCCAGCAGGCGGCGAGUAG